GGGAAGUUGGAGAUGUGGAGAUUGCUGGUUGGCCCUGUGAUGACACUUUGUUUUUCCCACUUCCCGUGGCGACGAUGGCCAUCAUUCUCUCCGUGCAAAGUUGCAGUUGUUGCCUGCACACCGAUUAGGGGCACAACAAGAAGCAAGAACAACUGACCGGUCAACGUGGCUAGCCACAUGCAGCAGGAGACGGGCUGUUGUCAUAAAACCACACACAGAAAAGGCAAAAGCAAAUUCAGAACAUCACCAUGCCAUCAUCCUUCCAAGAUCGGGAAUCCGUGGACCCUCUUCUAAGUCGCUUCAACUUGGAAGAGGAAAUUGUGUUUGACAAUCAACAGCCUGAUUCCAUCACUACUAGCGGCAACAAUGAACCACCUAUUCAUCAGUUGCUAGGCACGAUAGGUGGACUGUUGGACAAUGCCGAUAAUGCCCUGGAAGAUUUGCAUUCCAAUAACCCCGAUUUACUAGGAAGCGCCAUUGUACGGACAUGUCAGGAACUCGCCGAUGCUGUGGGACACGUGGCUCAGGAAUUGGAACAGCAGUCGGACGGCGAUCGUCGUGCCUUGGCUAAUGCCUGUUUGCAAGAUACGGCGGCGGCGGUUGCCAUACGAGAAGAACAAAUUCCGAACAACCAGUUAAUGGCACACGAUUUGACAGCAAAUGACAUUGUCUCGGCACUCGAUGGAGUUUCUUACCUGUUGCGAGAUGUCGAAGUGGGAUUGCGGGGAAUUGAAAAGGAUGAGGCAGAUGAAAUUGCCGAUGUGGCCUUGACUUUGGCACGGCUCUUUGUGGCGUCCUUGCAAUCGUGUCAUUCCUCCGUGGUUCAACAAGAAGAAGAACGUCAAGAAGAAAGGAGAAGGAUUGAAGCGGAACGAUUUGAACUAUUGGAAGAAGAUGACACGACAAACCCAGCUCGCGAAGAGAAAACCCAAGAAAGCAAGACCAAGAAGAAACAAAGAAUGGAUAGACUCAGGGUGCUGUGGCCACCGUUGGGUCCUGCCGUUGCAUCUGCCUGUAAUUGGGGCAAAGACGAAGCCAUUCAACGACCCAUACUAGCCGUGGCAUUGGGCAUGACACUCUGGCCCGCCGCCGUCAUGACAGCCUUUUUCGGAGCGCCCCUAGUGAUCGCUGAUACUGUGAUCCAACAUGGCUACAAUACCUUUCAAGACGGACCCAUUGUCUCCAACGUGGAAAAGAGUGCCGCACAACUGAUUCAAGCGGGGAAAUUAUCGCUGCUCUGCACCAAACUUGUGACACGACAAUCCUUGAGAGUGGUUCAUAGACAGCUUGAACGGCAAGGAGGGGUCGUGCCCGUUGCUCAAAAUCUACUGGGCAUGGCUGUGGAUCGGGCGCUGCAUCCAGUGGAAACUGUCUCGGCUGUCUGGGAUGGAGUCCAAUGGGCAGUUGGGAUGGUUCAGCAUCAUGUUUUGAAUCACAACAACCAAGACGGCGAACGACCAGAUGCCACUCCUGCUGUACCCGAUGACAGAGAUUGGAGAGAUUGGCAGUAGGAUACCGGUACAUGGAGAGGUCUCUUUUUGAGCAAGAUCGCUGCAAUCUGAAUUCGUCGAUGGGACCAGACUACCAGCCAGCUAGCUACUACAUGUAUAGGAAUCAACCAUGUUAAACUAACGUUGUUGCAUUAUUUUGU